ACAGGAAAGCAAGAAACUUCUCCUCCCUUCCCACCCCUCUCUUUCUCUCUCCUUUUAUUUUCUUCCUUGUCCUUGUUGUUUCUUUCUCUCUCCCUACCCACUUUUAUUAUUUCCUCCCCAACUCUUUCUUCCUUUUUCAUACCCAUCUCCUCCUGCCCGUCUUUCUCUCUCUCCUCCCUGUAAUUUUUGGUUUUUGGGUUCUGUGUUGUUUUACUUUCUCCCCGUGAUCUGAUGAAGAAGAUGAAAGGGGUUGUUUCUGAUCCUGUGGAGGACCAGAGGACCAGGUUCAAGCACCAGAGUCUCAUGCAAGACUAUGAGGAGCUGCAGAAGGAUGCAGAUGCUAUGAAGAAGAAAUUGCAGAUGAUGAAACAGAAAAAGUCUACGCUCGUAGCCGAAGUAAGGUUUUUGAGGAGAAGAUACAAAUACUUAAUGGGGAAUCAGUCGACAAACCCUCGACCAAAGCAAGAUGUUGUGAAAACACACAAUCCAGAUACCCAACGCGUGACCUAUCUGAAGGGAAAGAGCUCCAGUAAGAAGGAAUCCGCAUCGCGAUACCCCCUUCCUUCAUUGGACUUGAACAAAAAGGAAAAGGUUAAACAUGGAAUGGAAGACAUCGUGUGGAAACCUCCUCCAAAAUUUGACUUAAACCUUAACGCAAGGGCUCUUGGCGGAAAGGAAGCUACUUUGCGAACCCCCACUCCAAACUUUGACUUAAAUCAGAAGGAAAGGGUUCAGAGCGGGAAGGACACGGCAAAGCGGAAGAGCACUCCAGUUUUUGACUUGAACCAGAUUUCGAGGGAGGAGGAGGAGGAAUUUCAAGCGAAUUAUGAGCCAAUGAGGAUGGAGGAGCCUAACAAAACUUUACUCAGAGGGGGAAAUGACGAGCAGCACAAUGACAUGAAGCUGCUGGCUUGCAGGACUAUCGGGAGUGGGGCAAACCGAUCCGGGAAGAGGAAGAUUACUUGGCAAGAUCAGGUGGCUUUACGGGUCUGAUUUUAUUUUCUUUCUUAAAGAAUUUACUGAUGAAGAUCGUAUAUCUUGUUGGGGUUGAAAAUUACGGUUUAGUUACUGUGCUUCUUUGAUUUUCUUCUUUGUAAAGUUGUUAUAGUCUUACAUAUCGAGUGUAUACAGUUGAAAUGAUGGAAUCAAUGGUUUAGGAUUAUUCAGA